AUGACCACCCCUUACCGUGUGCCAUCGCUCAAGGCCCAGUUUGGCCUGGCCGAGGACCCCAAUGCCCCAGCCCACAUCACCACUUCGGCCGGCCACAAGCUCACCCGCACAAUCACACCCGGCGGCCAUGAGCUCGACUCGACCCAGCCCGGUUUCCCUGUGUACCACCGCAGGAUCGCAAACCCCGUCCCGUUGAUGUCGAUCGCCACAGGUGCCUCUCUCAUGAUCCUGGGCUUCGGUCUUUGCAAGAUCCGCAACAUUGAGAACUACACCAUCUGGUACACCGUCGGUCUCCCCCUUGGCAUGGUGGGCAACUUUACUGCCUCCAUGUUCGCCUUCGCCGAGGGUUCCACCUUCCUUGCCACCCUCGCCGGCACCCUCGCUGGCCUGCUCGGAGGUCUUGCCAUCUGCUUCCUUCCCUGGGCCGGUGUCCAGGCCUCGUACGUCGUCGGAGCGGCCGGUAACAUUCAGCAGGGAACUCUCGACUUUUACACUGCUGUUUCGAUGGUGACGCUGGUUGGAAUGGUCCCGCUCUUCUGCAUCCUGCUGGCUUCGCUGCGCUCGUCGGUCCCUGUGACGCAGUCGAUCACGCUCAUCAUCAUCGCGCUCAUCCUCGAGGGCGUAAACAACCUCCAGUACCCGCGUCCCGCGCUCCAGACGGCAGGCGGCGUCAUCUUUAUCAUCGUUGGCGUGACGCUCGAGUACCUGGCAGUCGCCGUCAUGCUCCAGGAGGAGGGCCUCAAGCUUCUCCCCGUCAUGCCCCUUCCUCGCGUCGAAUGA